AUGGCUUACCCCCAAAGAAACGACCAAGUGGAAGUCACCAAUCAAGAGAUUCUCAGAGGAUUGCGAGCUCGGCUCGACCACACAGGAGUCAGUUGGGUCGACAAACUUCCUAGCAUCCUAUGGGGCCUAUGCACGACCCCGAAGGAGGCGACUGGCGUGACGCCAUUAUAUCUAGUGUACGACGGUGAAGCACUAGUCCCGGUGGAAGUCGGAGUGGAGUCUGAUCGGGUGCAACACUAUGACGAGGAGAAUGGCGAGUGGAGAUUGAUGGAGCUAGACUUGGUCGACGAAGCCCAAGAAAAGGUUGUCGUUCUGCUGAUGGCAUACCGACAGCAGAUGAAACAGAGCUACAACUGA